AUGUCAAGUAAACGUUGUUGUGUUCCUCAGUGUGCAGAAAUCGAAGAUUCUCAGAGAGUACUUCAUUGGUUUCCAAACCCUGAAAAAGACAUUGCUCGUUUCCGAACAUGGGUUCAUGCUAUUGGUGGAGAGAUUUUGAGUCUGAGUAAUGAAAAUAUUUAUAAACUUCGUCGAGUAUGUCAUGCUCAUUUCGAAGAGAAAUAUUGUUGCCGUAACAACAGAAUUUCUAACAUAGCCGUACCAACAUUACUUAUGCCAGGAUCACUAUCUCUACCAAAAUCCCGAAAACCAUUAAAAGAAAAAGAAAAACCAUUACAAGCCACUGUUGAACUAGAUGCAACUGUUGAAAAUCUUGGAGUACAAGAAUGCACACUACAGGAUAAAUAUGGUUCAUGA